UCUACCCGCGUGCACAGUUCUCCACGCCGACGAGAGCAUCGUGCUGCCCACAUCCCACAGUAUCAUCACCUUCCUGUCAGUACAUCACCAAAUAUCCGUCUUUUAUGCCGGGCCUUUGACCCUCAACAUGGCUUCACCCGUGAUCCCUCGCAAGCGGCGUCGAGCCUCCUCUGCCGCUUCUGGCGUCAACCAGUUUGCGUCCGAACAACUCGCGGCCCUCCCAACUCCCAUCAAAAUGAGCCCAGACAGCCACCUUGCGACCGAAGAUAUCAGGUUCAUACUCUCCUAUCUACCCCUCUCCGUGGUCAUCGACAUGUUCACAUCUUCAGUCUCCGACAAUCAGGUUCAAGCCUGGAAGAUCGCCGAGCGUUUCAACGCGAUCAUCAACUCACGGAAGAUCGAGUGUGCGAGGAACGGCGACAUCGAGGGUCUCAAUUCACUCCCGCCCUUCGUUGCCAGAUCUGCUUCACUUAGCUCUCUGUCUACAGCCACCGUGUCCUCGAUGCUCUCUCAUUUACCCCCCUUCGCGGUCAUUGAUAUGUUUGCCUCUGUCGUUCCUUCCGAUCAGAGCCUGGGGUGGACGAUUGCCCGUCGGUUCAACGAUCACAUUGUCAGGCGCAAGUGGGAGCUCGCGAAGCAGGUUGAGGAUAAUGCGGCCCGCUGCAUGCCCGAGGCUCAGGCCAGGAAGACUGUGAGCAUUUACAGAGGGAAAGACCUUUACAUAAUCGACGUCCAGGAUGUCGUUGACCGUCUGAACUCACCCACCUGGAACGGAAACGACUCUACCCGCGAGUUUAGCGAUGAAGAGAUGGAAUGGAUCAACAAGUACGUGUUGCCGCUAGGAGUUUGUCAAAGUAACCGCGAGUAAACCAUCUCGUGGAAAAAAAGCAACGACUAAAAGAUAGGAGAGCUUGUUACGUGGAAGAAUGGAGGCAGCACUCGAGGCAAGGUUAUGGGAUGGUUCAUGACAUGUAUGGUACACGUGCGUUGUCGGAGACAAGCUCCAGGACCUGGAAACAAUACGGAUUUUGAGUGUAAGGACAGA